AUGCUAUCAAUCAAUCAAUGUAUUUUAUAAAGCCAUUUUACCCAACCUAAAACCCCAAAGAUCAAGCGAUGCAGAUGUAGAAGCAGUGGCUAGGAAAAACUCCCUAGAAAGGCAGGAACCUGGGAAGAGGCAGGAACCUGGGAAGAGGCAGGAACCUGGGAAGAGGCAGGAACCUGGGAAGAGGCAGGAACCUGGGAAGAGGCAGGAACCUGGGAAGAGGCAGGAACCUGGGAAGAGGCAGGAACCAGGUUCUGAGGAGUGGCCAGUCCCGUGGAGUGCCGGGUGGAGAUUAUACGAGUACAUGGCGAUUAAGGCCAGAUCGAUCUUCAACCAAGAUAGUCAUUAAGGCCAGAUCCUAGAGCUCCAACUUCUCCGACCUGAAGAUCACUGAUGUCACGAUUUUUCCCAGUCUGAACUCGUUUUUACCUGAAUUCCCAGUUGUUUUGAACGCACCAAGUUUCACUGUGCCUAAAUUGACUGGCGCUCUGCGCGGACGAGGGCGUGUUCAGCCAACAAAAUUGUGCUUUGGUAUAGGAUGCCUGCAGUAAAUUGCGGUGGGGGUUUAGGCAGAGGUGGUUCUGGUAUGCUUUGAGGUGUUUCAAUAGAUAUUUUAAUUAGUUAAACGAUGUCUAGGUUUUUUAACGCAAUUAAUACUCACCUCCGGAGAGAUUUUACCGCAUAUCGCGCUAUUGUGUGUCUUCCACUGCGUACAAUUAACUACACUUCGCAGAAACAUGUGGGAAAUGGGGACAGCACUAUGGUCCUGGGGAAGAGGUGGAAGGACGCGGCUGAGACGGUGAUCAUCGGAGGGGGCUGUGUUGGAGUCAGUCUGGCCUAUCACCUGGCCAAGGCUGGACAGAAGGAUGUGGUCCUGCUGGAGAAGUCUGAACUGACCGCUGGAUCCACCUGGCACGCUGCUGGUUUGACCACGUACUACCACCCUGGUAUCAACCUGAAGAAGGUCCAUUACCACAGCAUCAAGCUGUAUGAGAGUCUGGAGGCCGAGACAGGACAGGCAGUGGGUUUCCACCAGCCCGGCAGUAUCCGUAUUGCCUCCACCCCAGUCAGAGUGGAUGAGCUGAAGUACCAGAUGGCAAGAACCCACUGGCACCCCACGCCCCAGUGGCUCAUCACCCCUGAGAAGAUCAAGGAGCUCUUCCCCCUGCUCAACAUGGACAAGGUGCUAGCGGGUCUAUAUAACCCAGGAGAUGGCCAUAUUGACCCCUACUCCCUAACCAUGGCCCUGGCUGCUGGGGCCCGUAUGUAUGGAGCCCAGAUCUACAACCCAGCCCUGGUCUCUGGCCUCACACCCACCAGUGAUGGGAAGUGGGAUGUCCAGACCCCACACGGGACCAUCAGAGCGAACCGCAUAGUCAACGCCACAGGUUUCUGGGCCCGGGAAGUUGGCCAGCAGAUUGGCUUUGAGCACCCCACUAUCCCUGUCCAUCACCAGUAUGUUGUCACGGCAACGGUGCCUGAGGUAAAGGCCCUAAAGGCAGAGCUGCCAGUGAUCAGGGACCUGGAGGGCUCCUACUACCUCAGACAAGAGAGAGAUGGACUGCUGUUUGGACCCUAUGAGAAAGAGGAGAAGAUGGUGCUGCAGGACUCCUGGGUUAGAGAUGGAGUACCACCAGGUUUUGGUAAGGAGUUGUUUGAGUCAGACCUGGACCGUAUCAUGCACCACGUAGAGAUGGCCAUGGAGAUGGUGCCUGUGCUGAAGAAUGCUGACAUCAUCAAUAUUGUAUCUGGACCAAUCACCUACACCCCUGACCUCCUUCCUAUGGUCGGACCGCACCAGGGAGCACGUAACUACUGGACCGCUAUCGGCUUCGGGUAUGGAGUGAUCCACGCCGGUGGCAUUGGGAAGUUCCUCAGUGAUUGGAUCGUAACAGGGGAACCCCCCUAUGACCUCAUUGAGUGUGACCCCAACCGGUAUGGAAAAUGGACCACUGUACCCUACAUGUGUGCCAAAGCCAGAGAGUCCUAUGGAUUCAACAAUAUGGUGGGCUACCCUAAAGAGGAGCGUUUUGCUGGCCGUCCGACCAACAGGACCAGUGGUGUGUAUGAGCUGCUAAAGGGAAACGCUUCCAUGGGGUUCCACGCCGGCUGGGAACAGCCUCACUGGUUCUAUAAGCUUGGAGACAAUGCCAGUUACAAGCCCAGUUUCAGGCGUACCAACUGGUUCGGUCCGGUGGGGAGGGAGUGUAAGCUGGUGAUGGAGAAGGUUGGGGUCAUUGACCUGACACCCUUCGGCAAGUUCAUGGUUAAAGGGAAAGAUUCUCAUAAACUGCUGGACAGACUGUUCGCCAACACUAUGCCCAAGGUGGGCCUGACUAACAUCAGCCACAUGUUGACCCCCACUGGGAGAGUCUACGCUGAGGUCACCAUUACCCAGCUCACACCUGGAGAGUUCCUCCUCAUCACAGGAUCUGGAUCAGAGCUGCAUGACCUCAGGUGGAUGGAGAAGGAGGUAGCAGAGGGGGCGUAUGAUGUAGAUAUUUCCAAUGUGACAGAGGACAUUGGGGUGUUGGGUGUGGCUGGACCAAAGGCUAGAGAUGUUCUACAGAAACUCACUCAGGAGGACAUGAGCGAUGCAAGCUUUAAGUUCCUCCACUGCAAACCCAUUCAACUGGGUGGCAUCAACCUCAGAGCUAUUAGGAUCUCCUACACAGGUGAGUUGGGCUGGGAGCUGUACAUUCCUCACAAGGACAUGGCAGCUGUGUACCAGGCUAUCAUGGCUGCAGGAGAGGACGAGGGCAUCGACAACUUUGGUACCUACGCCAUGUCAUCACUACGACUGGAGAAAGGCUUCAGAGGCUGGGGUGCAGAGAUGAACUGUGACACCAACCCUCUGGAAGCUGGUCUGGACUACUUCAUCAAACUCAACAAGCAUGCUGACUUCAUCGGUAAGGCAGCGCUGCAGGAGAUCAAAGCUAAAGGUCUGAAGAGGAAGCUGUCAUACAUCACCAUGGAAACGGAUGAUGUUGACCCAGAGGGCAACGAGACUAUCUGGCUCAAUGGCAAGGUGGUUGGUAACACUACAUCUGGGGCCUACAGCUACACCACCCAGCAGAGCCUGGCGUUUGCCUACCUGCCAGUGGAGCUGUGUUCUGUAGGGCAGAAGGUGGAAGUGGAGAUGUUGGGGAGGAAGUACCCUGCCAUGGUGGUCCAGGAGCCACUGGUCCUCACAGAACCAACCAGGACCCGGCUGCAGAAGAAGAGCAAGGCAUAGACACUGGGUACUGGCAGAGAACCAGCUUAGAACUAGAGUACCAGACCUGGGUCGAAAAUAGGAUUUUUUCUUUCAAAUAUUUACAGUAUGCUCCUGGUGCUAAUUUCAUCCCAGGUUCGACCAAGGUCCGCAAACGGUAGAGCCGACACCAACCAAGCAACUACACUGUGAAGUGAACUAUGCUGGCUGACAAAGUGACUUAUGAAAAAUACUUAAAUGUGAUUAAUGGUACUCAAAUGACACCCUAUUUUGUGCACUGUUUGUAUUGUACUAUAUAGGGUAUCAUUUGAGACAGACUGACUGUGAAGUUAAAAAAAUAAAUAAUAAUACUUUCCUGUUUGGUCAUCUGGUGAGGAAGAAUAAGCUAGAGCAACCUAGAAUGUGCAUAUAAGAGCUUAACUCUAGGUUCCAAUGUGGACCUAUGGACAUAUUGGAACGUAGACUUAUACUUGUAUUCGUCUCAGUAUUCAUAGUAUUACAGGUCCAAUGCAGCCUUUUUAUCUCGAUAUCAAAUCAUUUCUUGGUAACAAUUAAGUACCAAACUGUGAUUGUUUAAAAAAAAAAAAAUAUUAAAACAUUCACCCCUAAGAAAAGAAAAAGGUGCAAUUUCUCAAGCAAGAAUUUUGUUUGGGAGUGGUCUUACACUAGCUGUUAUUGGCAGAGAGGUUUGGAACUCUUUCUUAUUGGCCAAAACUCCAUCCCACCAAAAGAGGCUGAAAUUUCAGGUGGUCUUUUCAAACAGCUCUUACACUAAAAGGGCAUUAUCAUUUUCACAGUUGUGUUCUAACCUUGUAGUGUGGAAAUGUAUAUAAAACACUGAGCCUUUAAAGUCAUGAUACCUUUGGCUUAAGUCUGGAAUCCAUCCAACACUUAGAAUGUGGUCAUUAAGUACCUAUACCAUAACUGCUUAGCAACAGAGCCAAUCAUUACUCUUAGGUGGCAUUUUAAUGUCUCAGUAUUGCAGUGUUAUCUGUUUGAAUGGCUUUUUAAAUUCCAGGUAUUAAGGGUUAUUAUGGGGUUGAAAAGCAGAGUCUUGGUAGAAGUGUUAUUGUAGCUACACUAUCACAAGAAGAAUGGGCCAAAUAGAUGCUGCUUUACGUCCUACUGUAGUCUCUACCUUAUGUGGAAGAGACAAUUAACUAUGAUAAUGCUUUGCACAAACCUCAGUCUUGAAAGCAGGGCGGGCAUAUUGCAGAUAAUAAAUCAACUAUGCACAAGGCAGGACAAGCUAAGGAAACUGUAUUUUUAGAGCACAAUGUCUUUAUCCUUUCAAUUAUUUUGUAAAAUUGUCUGUACAUUUAAACAUUAGUUAAUUAAAUCCAAUGCCAAGCUU